UUUUUUCAGUUUCUUCUGUUUGUAUUUUAAAUUUUAUUUAUGUUUCAAUAAUUCCGGCAUAAGGCUCAUUAAAAAACAGGUCCAUCAUGAGUGAUUUCGAUCGAAAUAAGUCAGAUCACGAUGACGUUUAUAACGAUAUUAUGGAUCAGAUAGCCCAUGCAAAGGAAACAUUAGCCGAAGCAAAAAGAUUACCGGACAAGAAACGGCUGGAAGAGAAACUGGUGAUGCAAGAUGUUAAAGUGGAAAAUUUGAAACAAACAUUGAACCUGAAAACCAAACAAUUGCACGAGCUGAAUGAGCAGUUGAAGUGUAAAAAAGCAGAUGCCACCCAACGCAAAAGUCAACGAUCAUCCUAUUUCGAUCUUGUGGCCGAAAUUUUCAAGGAUACAAAAAAGUUCAGUUCGAUGGCUGUCCACGAAAUUAAUCAAACCUUCCAUUCGCUCGGACUUGACAUCGAAUUUGUUGAUCUGGCUAUCGUCAAGAUCCAGAAAGACGGAAAAUGGUUCAAAUUGGGAAUGAACGAACAUUCAAAAUUGACGUUAAUCGACAUGAGUCCCCGCCACAGCUGUUUCAGUGAAAUCCAGAUUUUGUUUGAGGAAACAAGGGAUGUGGCCAGACUUUUCUCGAUAUUUGGCUGGUGUUUAGAUCAAUAGACAUUGGCAUUCUCAGGCCCGGAUGUCCCUUCGACCGUUAUUGAAUUAAGUUAAAUAUUUUUGUUUAAGUUUUUCUACUUUUUCUCUCUCUCUCUCAAAAUAAAUUCGCCGAUUUUUUUACUCAAAA